UUUCAUAGAAAUAAUCUAUCCGUUUAAAAAAUAUAUCGAUCGAGUAAAAUCUACGCAAUUUUAUUCCUGGCUUUAAUUUUUAAUAACUUGUAUAAAUUCGAGAAUGAAGUUCAAUAUUGCAAAUUAAAAAAAAUAUCGAUAAACUAUCGAUUACAGUGUAAGCUUAUCUCAUUGUAAUUCAUACAAAGGUGCUUUCAUUUAUCAGUAGUACGAUUUCUAAAGAUUGUUGAACGAGGUCGUACUUAACCUUAUAAAUAUGUUCUGAAAUGUCAAAUUUAAAAAUUAUGUUUGUGGUAAUGCAAUAAAUGCGCCCACAGAAAGUUGACAUUCGAGCCAUAAUAAGGCUGUGUAGGAUUAGAAGCAGUUAGUGUGGAAGAAAGGUCAAUUGACAAAUAAGUACACGCGAGUGAUUAAGCAUUCAUCCCAACAAAAAUGACGGUUAUGGAUUUUUUCGGUUGUGCUUCCUUGGCUUUUGGGCCUCCAUUAGCCAUGUUCGCAUUUACUAUAGCUAAUGAUCCAAUAAAAAUUAUUAUACUAAUUGCCAGUGCUUUUUUCUGGCUUAUUUCUUUACUUUUAUCAUCUGUGCUUUGGUAUACUAUUCCAUUUCAAAAUCAUUUAACAUUUGGAUUAUUAUAUUCUGUAUUACUCCAAGAAGCUUUCAGGUAUCUUUUAUACUGGGUAUUACGAAAAGCUGAAAAAGGUUUAGAAAAAGUAACUACAACUGAAGUAGUUAACGGCAGACAUGUAUUUGCAUAUGUUUGUGGCCUAGGCUUUGGUUUCAUGAGUGGAGCUUUUGCUCUGGUCAAUGUGUUAGCAGACGCAGUUGGUCCUGGAACCAUGGGUCUCAAACACGGUACAGAAUACUUCUUCAUCAUAUCAGCAUCUACAACAUUAUGCUUCAUUUUACUGCAUACAUUCUGGGGUAUUAUAUUUUUUGCUGCUCUUGAUAAGCGAAACUGGGGACAAAUUAUAUGGGUCAUAGGAUCACAUUUGUCCGUCUCCUUCAUGACCCUAUUAAACAUAGAACAAUUAUUUGCGAUCAGUCUCUCUUUUGGUUACACUAUUUUAAUUAUUAAUGCGAUUCUUGCCUUUAAGGUCGCUGGUGGGAAAAUAGUGAAUAUAACUCAGUGUUUUAUAAGAAAUUAAGAGCUUAUAUAAUGAGUACAUGUUUAAUAAUAUAUAGAUGUAAAAACAAAAUAUUUCAUUUUUUAUAAAAAUAAAAGUCUGGACAUAA